AUCCGGCACCCACAGGGAGCACCAUGAAGACCGCUGGCAUUUUGCUCAUGGGCAUCCUCGCCCUGUGUGCCCAGCUGCAGCCAGCCAUUGCGGCUGCCAGGGGUACGGGCAGGGAGACGUGACUCCAGCACCUUCCCUGCUGCCAUGAAGGAGCCGCGGUCACCCACAGGGCUUGGGUGCAUCCAGCGUGACGGAGCUCAGCAGCGGCAGGCACUGCCACCCAGGGAUGCUGCAGGGAAGAGGCCUGGGGAUUGGGAUUGGGGCUGCCGAUCCCAGCCAGGAUCCUCACCCGGGAUGUGCUUUGGCACAGGGAUGGCUGCCCCCGGCUGCACCGGCAGACCCCUGUGCUCCCCACGGCCAUCCUCGGCCUCUGUCAAGGAAGGACCUGGCAGAGCCAGUGUGGGGACGGCAGCAUCCCAAAUGCCACGCAUUGUAGACGGGAGCCAAAGCAUUUCUGUCUCCCGGAAAGCAAUGCCGACUGCACGGGCUGGAGCCUGGCUCAGCCACUGGCCAGAGCAGCUGGAGAGGGACAGAACGUGCUGGCAGCAGGGCCAGUGGAUCGGCCACUUGGCAGCCAGCCGGGCAUGCCAGGGCCAAGGCACAACCUUGGGCAAACCCACCAACGCCCACGCUGCUCCCCGCAGCUCUCGCCUUCCUCCAUAGUUUCCCCUUUGUCUCCUGCCAUGAGCCCGUUUCUGGGCUCCUGUCUGGUCCCAUCCAGCUGCUCCGGUGCAGCCCAGCUGCUGGCAUUCACUCUCGCAGCCUCCCAGCUCUGGCUGCUCACUGUCGGCACCAAGGUCAUCCCACACGCUGGGGCAGAGCAAUUACAGGGUCGGGGCAGAGCAAUUACAGGGUCAGACCAGGGCAAUAACUCUCAAGGGCAAAUGCUGGCACAGGAGGAACAGCUCAGUCAUGGUGGGACAUUGGGGCAGCCCCUGCCGUGGCAGUGGGGACAGCACCACUGGGCGGGCAGCAUUGGACUGGCAGCAGCACUGCCGUUCCAGGGGUGCCACUGCUGGGUCUAGGUGGGCUCUGUCCUUGUGCAGACAGGCAGGGACAGCAUAGAUCCCUCACCUCCGUCCUGGAGGGAAGUGCUCACACCGCCCAGCCCACACCCACACCUGCAGCAGCCACAUUACCACCCCCAUCCCACCCCGGCCAUUGAAACAGCGUGCCCCAGCGCUGGCAUGGUGGCCUCUGGGCUGCAACAGGACCGCCUUUAUCCAGAGAGUCCCAGUGUUGGCCCUGGGCUGGAAACACCAGCCCAGCUCGGCUGCCCGAAGCACUGUCCCCAGCAGGGCCUGGCCACAUGGGCAGAGUAGGAUCAUCCUGGUCAGCCCAAGCAUGGCCAGGUCCUGGCAGCUUCCCCGGCAGCUCCCUGGCACCCAGCUACCGAGCACCCCAGUCUGGAGGGAGCAUGGACGAGGACUGCCCUGCCGCUCUUCCUGCCACUGCCCUGCUGCUCUCCCCGCUGCCCCAGGCCUGUCCCCUGUCCCCACGCGUCGGACCUCACUGCCAACAGCGGUGAAGCGCGGAGCAGUGGCUGGGCAGGCGGCUGGGCCAUCCGCACUGGCUCCUGUUACUGCAUAAACACCCGCGGCGGGGAGGGAGCUGCAGGCAAAGGCAAACAGUUACUGAUUUACUGCCACCCUGCUCUGUGCUGCAUUGUUGACUGUGGGGUUAAAUUACUUGGAGACGGAUCCCGGCAGAGCAGACACUGGCUCGUGACUCAGGGCAGGGACUGUGUCCCCGGCCCCUGGCACCCCCGGCUCAUGCGGGGCUGCGGGAUGCUCCAGCCUGGAGCUGGGGCUGCCCCUGGAGCCUCUGCCAGUGACAAGGGCACAUCCUCACUGGAGACAGGGCAGGUCUCGCCCUCCUCCCCAAGCAGGAGAGGCUCAGCCUGUGACUGUGCCCUGGGUGGGACCCGGGGAGCUGGGAUGCUCUGGGAUUGCCUCCCAGCAGAGGGGUCCAACCUGUGACCCGGCUGGGCAGCACCAGCACCGUGCAGAGGGACCCUUAUCGCAAUGGCAGCCAAAAAACCCAAGGCACUGAGCCCAAACUGGGAGCCACGAGCAAAGGGGCUGGGGUCCUCAGGUUCCGCCGCCAGCGUGCUGGGCUGCUCCCCUUCUGUCGGCAGCCCCACGGAAUUACAGCCACCGUCGGCAGCGCCUGCGGAGGAGAUGGGAACUGGCAGAGCGGCAAAUGCUGAUGAGAGCAGGGCAGCUGCGCUGGGUGAUCUGUGCUGCUCAGCCGGCUGGGCCUAUCCAAACAAACCCCAGCUCGACGCUGCCAGGCACCACGGAGCAUCCCGGCCCGCCGGAGGGCGGCGCAUGUGCCGCAGGAGGGGUAUCCCGACAGCCGCCAGGCUGAGGGGGUCUGGGGUCGUAUGGCCCCCAGCACCGCCAUGCCGCAGAGCACCGGGCACGCAGCCAGACCAUGCCGGCAGCUCGCUCCCUGCCAGCCACUCGCCCAACCGGCACUGCCGGCUGGUCCGGGACGCAUCCCUGGGGCUGUUGGAGGCUGUGAGGAUGGCAGGGGCCACAGGACGAGGCCACGGCCGGGCAGAAGGAGCUCCCGAGGUUGCAGGGGAGGCGCAGGGGAGCCCCGGGGCGGGCGCCUGCCCAGAGGCACAGGCAGCCUGGAGGGCCCUUCAGUCGAGGAGCGAGAGCUGGAGGGGAACAAGAGGCUGGAGCAGGAGCUGGGCGAGCGGCAGCCACUGCCGAGCCGCAGCCCCAGGCUGCGCUGCCAGCAUAUCCCAGCCUCUGGGCAUCAGCGGCCCAGGCUGGGGGCUCCCCUUGAGCUUCUGACCGUGGCCACGGCGGUGGCAGGGAUGGAUCGUGUCCUAUCCCUGGUGCCUGCCACGCUCCCUGCUAGCCGUACCAGCCACAUCCCCACGGCCUGCGGUGGCUGAGCCCCGCGCGGGGCCAUGGCAGCUCCGGCCACCUGAGGGUCUGGGACUGGCUGGGGUCCGGCGUGCGGCCCACGGGGGCCGCGGCCAGUGGUGGCUGGCUGCUGUUCCUGCCAGGCAAGUUUUCGGCGUGGCCGCCCGGUCUCCUCGAGGCUCCCCCUUCCUGGUCGGCAGCCAGGAGCGGCAGAUACCUGAUACUCGGGUUGUGCAAGCACGAAGGGGGAGCCUGGCCCUGCCCGGCCCUUGGGAGCCACCCGGAAGGCCGAGCCCUCCCGCCCGCCGGCCCCACCUGGAGAAGAGCUUAAAGGCCGGCCAGGCGGCCCCGUAGGCGCAGCACCGGCACCCGCACCAUGCCCAAGGCCCGCAGCGUGCUCGUCCUGGCAGGGCUCCUGGCUCUCUGGGCAGAGCUGCCUCCAGCAUCCGCCCAGAAUGUCACCACGAAAGCCGGCGUGUGCCCGGACCCAGCGAUGGAAGCAGUGAACUGCACGGUGGGGUGCCAGUCUGAUGGCGACUGCGAGAGCACCCUCAAGUGCUGCCCGGCAGCCUGCGGAAAGGCCUGUCAGAAUCCCGACGAGAAGCCCGGCACCUGCCCACCCGUCAGUCCGGGGAUCCCCAUGCUGGGCGUCUGCACAAACCAGUGCAAGACGGACUCCAACUGCUCCGGGAACCAGAAGUGCUGCAGGAAUGGCUGCGGCAAGGUCUCCUGCGUGACGCCCCUCCACUGAGGUACAGCCGCCUCCUGCCAGCCCAUCCACAGGGAAGCUGCUGCCUGAUGCGAGUCCCGCACACCCAGGCCCCGGCCCCGCACCGUCCCCCCUGGCCUGACCAUGCUCCUGGUUCGGAGCCUUCAGCCUCAGCUUCCUCUCCGGGGUCCCCUGCUCGGGGUGCGCCACAGCCCCCCACACUCUCACCAAUAAAGCAGCCUCUCCCUGA